AUGUCCAAAACAUUUUUAUUGGAGCCAGAGAUCAUAGCAGCUACUGAAAAUGUCAUGCCAGAUUUGAACAGUGAUCUUAUAAGAGCAAAAAACUUUUUAAAACAACAAAGCGCCGCAACUGGUGAUAGUUUGUAUGAUCACUUGGUAGAUAUGGUACAAAAAAUCCUGACGCAUAAGCCGCCUGAUGUGGUCGACAACUUCGAGCAAUUCUCAUGGGAGGUUAAAGAAGAGAAACUGCGUCCUAACUUCGAUCUUCUCAAUGAUGUGUACUUAUCACCACCACAGCUUGAACUUAUGAGAAAGUUGGAUGAUAUGUUUAAGUUAGUCGCCAGUAAGUCGCAGAAAUUGGAGGAGGUGGGUGAGGAGGAGCAAGAGUUGGACCUCGAGGAAGAGUCCACUAAGCCGAGAAUUUCUGACGUCAUCGAUCAUAAUUAUUAUUUCAGACAGUGCGGCUUCGGGCUUCCGGAAAGCGAAUGUUAUGCUCUCUACAUAGCUUUGAACAUGUUGACUAUAAAAGAACCUGUAGCUACUGUCAGAUUUUUUGGCAAGAUUUUCGGAACGAAUGCAGAUUACUAUGUGGCGGAGACUGAUCUCACCAUAGAAGAAUUGGAUCGUAGGAUUAGGGAGUUCGAUAUGAAGGAUAUGCCGGGGGAAGGUGAAGGGGAGGGACAGCCUGAAGAACCGGACAACGAGGCUGAGGAACGAAAGGAAAUACUUGGAGAAGGGGAGGAACGGGAGCUUAAGACAAAGGAGCUGGUGCCCCCUAAGCUUCCGCCGCUGCCCGUGUCCACGUGGACACCGGAGCCUCCCAUACCCGUGGAAAGACCAGGACAAGGUGUUAACAAGAAGGUGUACUGGGUGUGCACGUCACUGGGCGAGCCCUGGGUGUGCCUACCGGACACCACGCCGCAGCACGUGCGUGUCGCGCGCCUCAACGUGCGCGUUAUGACCGGGGAUCUUGAUGCCGAGAUACAAAGUUUUCCGCCGUUCGAGGGUACUGAGCGCCACUUCCUGCGCGCGCAAAUCGCGCGCAUCGCCGCCGCCACCUCUAUUUCACCGCAGGGUUUCUACACCUUCGGCUCCGGGGAGGAGGAGGAGGACAUCGAUAUGGAAGAGGCGGGAGACAUGAACUUCAACCUAAACCCAUUCUAUCAGGGACACACGAUCAAGGACCUGGUGGAUCCAUCGCUGGGUUACUGGGUGCAUCACGGCCGCCACAUUCUGCCGCAGGGCAGGACCAUCUGGUGGAACCCUCGCGCUGAUAUGAUGGAUGAAGGUGAAGAGGAGGAGGACGAGAACCUGCCGUUGGUGGAGCCGGAGACUGGUCCAGCGCUGUUCAGUGCGGUGGCGGGCGACGCGCCAGUGGCCGGCGCGCCCGCGUGGAGCGCGCACGUCAGCACGACGUUGACCAGCGCGCGAGCGCUUGCUCUGCUGCGGAGCAAGCUCUGGCCCGGCGCCGUCGCCUAUGCUAAUGACGGAAAGAGGUCAGAGUGCAUGUACAUGGGGUGGGGGCUGAAGGCGCAGUUGCCAAACUUCUCUCCGCUACAAUUGCCGCGCCCACAGACCGAGUACAUCAUAGGGCCGGAGGUUAUGGAGAUGGCUGAUCCCACAUUCGCUGACGAGGAGGCGUACCGCAUCGCUCACCUGCCGCCCCCACCCCCGCAGGAGAUGCCGGGGGAGGGGGAGGGCUUCCCCGAGGAGGAAGAAGAGGAGGACGACUAG